UCACGUGGGUUAUCAUGUGAUGCUGCCGGCUUGCGGGGAGGGGUAGGUGCGGCAAAAGUAAUUAGAACUUUAUGCAUAAAUGAUUAUAACACAACUUCAUUGCAUGGCAUCUAAAAUUUUCAUCGCCAAUUUCCCAUCGGAAUGUAAUGGUCACGAAAAGCCUAAACAUAGAAUUUUAUUGUAUAGGCUCAUGGGGGGCAUGCCCCCCCCCCAAAAAAUUUGGAUUUCUUGAAGCUCAGAUAAGCUAUUUCCAGCAUUUUGAGGAGUUUUCCGACAAGAAAUUAACCUUACAUUAGUCCCUGAAAAUCAAACCAGCUGAUCUUCUGGGACUGGUCAAAUCAAUUCCUGCAACCAUGCUGUUUUGCAACUGAUAGUUAAAUGGUCGGCCUCUUGGAACUUUAUGCAUAAAUUAAUGAUUGUAACAAAAUUUCAUUGCAUGGCAUCUAAAAUUUUCAUCGUCAAUUUCCCAUCAGAAUGUAAUGGUCACGAAAAGCCUAAACAUAGAAUUUUAUUUUAUAGGCUGAUUGAUAAUUAUGAGUUAAGUUAUGGAAGCUUUACUUCCACGCAAACGAUUAUGCAGGGUAUGUCGAGCAUAUGCGGACCUCAAGAGGGAACAGUUAGUGAAGUUAAAGUUGGAAGAAUAGUAUCUUCGAUAUGGGGCAACAAGGCUGUGAAAACGAAAUCGUCUUCGUUAACUGGAUCGGGUUAUAGGCAUCUCCAGAUGCGCCAAAUAAAGCUUAAAGAUAAAGAGGAAAUCGUAGGCUUCAAUGAAACAACUGUUGAUGACAUUAGAGUACUUGGUAGAAAGUUUCAAAACUGGAUUGUUGAUCUUUCGUCUGGGGAGAAAGGCGUCAUUUCAUUUUUGCGACUCUCAAAUACAGGUGAAGCAGAUGUAGAUGUAGAAGGGUGUCGUGUUUUUCCAGGGAUCACCAUUAGUUUGUACCCUACGGUUAACAUUGUCAUCCGCACACACGGUGAUGCUGUUCCAAUUGAGGUUGUUGAAAUUUCUAGCGAAAAAAUCAUCGUUUCACUGCAUACGAUUGAAAGGGCUUUACGUCAUGUUAAUGCAACCUGUCUAUGCUUAGGCCAAAACCUUCCUGACCAUAACGACGAUUAUACAAAAAGCGUGGACAUUGCUGUUUAAGGCUCCCGAUUUGUAUGCAUCAAGUCUUCCAGUGCUGUGUCAACAUCUAUAAUUUCGAAUUCAUGCCUGCUCUUGAUUCCAAGUGGUAGCUCCGCAUGCGAAGCUUGUCAAUACGCGUGCAAGUUAUGUAUGAAUAGGAAACGUAAAAGAUCAGAGCGGGCGGAAUUGGCCAACUCCAUAAGUGAGCUCGAGGAGAGUAUAAAAGGUAACCCUGCCAAUUAGUAACCCGAAAGAAAAACCAACAAGCUGCAAUCAGAAUUUGGCUGGAGACAAGGCGAACAUUGAAAUGUUGUCAUUUGAAAAAUGCGAUAAUGAUGACCUACUGCAGAUAACAGAGGAGAUUGGGCUGAAGAACAACAUCCCGGAAGACAUGAAACUAUUGUGGGACAUGCAAAUGAAGCAGUUAGCAUCAAAAUCUGCAAAUGGUCAUUGUUGGCACCCUCGGUUUGUAAUUAUAUUUUCUCUAAUAGCUCGGUUAUAAUGAAUGUACCAGUUACAAUGAUUCUUUCUCAGACUGAGGGAAAAAUGAAACAUUUUCGCUGUUGGAGAGUAUACAUGUUUUUAGGUACAAUACAAUUAUGUAGAAGAUUAACAGGACAAUAUCGGUUCAUCAACUGCCUAAAUAUAUAUAUAUAUAUAUCUCGAAGAGUUGAGAUCAUUUUCUUCUACAUUUUAUUGAGACAGUUGAUGAACCGAUUUUCCUGUUGUUAUUUAAAAUUGUAAUUUUUCUUUCUCGUUGUAGAAUUGUCCGACUAGCACUUGAUUUAUACAUCAAGAACCCACACGUUCUCGACACCCUUCGCCAAUUUAUAAUCCUUCCAAGUAAUCGUCUAAUACGGUUUGUAUUUAUUUUAAUGUAUCAUUUUACUGACUCAAAAACUUGUUCACGAUUGCUGUCUGCUAACAUGUUCAGGAAAGAUUUAUACAAUAACUUUAUCCUGUAUCAAAACUUCGAUCCAAUUUCUGUCAUUAAGAUAUUACAAGAACGCGGUAAACCAAGAAGCGGAUUGGAAUCAGGAGGUUAUCAACUGGUGUCAAAGUGAAGCGAAAAGGCAGCAAUUAAAACCAGCAGACUACUGGGGUGGUCUAGUCCUUGAUGAGAUGAAAAUACAGGUAUAUAUAUUUGAACGUAAAUCAAUGGAGGACUACAUGACAUGCAUUAAGUAUAAUUGAAUGGUAUAUAUUUGAGUACCUGUAUGUGAUUACAACUCACAAAACCUACAUUUACAGGAAGAUUUACAAUUGACUGUACGAAACAGCAAACACCAUCUAAUUGGCUUGGUUUCUCUUGGUGGACUUUAUGAAAAUAUGAAGUUAAUUGAGACAGGUUACUAAAAUUUAAAGAGUUAUUGACCCUGUCUCAAAGAAUAAUAGUAAAUAGUGAGUGUGCGCAUGCUGGUUGCUUUGCUUUGAUAUCGUCUUAUCAAUCUCCUGUUUGCAUGUAUAGGAAAAACGAAAGCUAAAAUGGAAGUAGCAACCCAUCUGCUUCAAUAUGUUUUUAUAAGCGACUGUGGUUUCCGAUUUCCAGUGGCACACUUUCCAACCACCACAUGUCCACCUACUAUUCUAUACAUCCAAUUCUGGGAAGGUGUCUUACAGAUGAAAAAAGCUGGAUUUAGGUACCAUAUGUUUCAAAGAGCCUCGUAUUAAAAUAAGAUAUAAUACUUACGGCUAUAUGUCCUAUUAUUUUUUAGUAUCUAUUAUGCAAUUUGUGAUGGAGGUGAGUCAAACCGACAGUUCAUAAAUAUGCAUUUCUCCUCCUUCAGUCCCGUUGAAAUGAAUUUCUUAUUGUACAAUAUGCCUCCAGAGGAUCCCAUGAUAUUUUUGAUGGAUUGUAAAGUAUACAAAUUAUUUCAUUCUAAUAUAAAGGUAUAAUAACUAUUCAAUACCUAAUAAUACUAAUGUUAGUCUUUGUUUUUACUAGCACAAUAUCAAAAAGUUGAGAAACAAUCUAGAGAAAAGCUCGGCCUCUGGGUCAGCAAGAUGCUUGAAAAAUGGAGAUGAUCAUAUAUUUUGGCGGUUUUGGAAGGAUGCAUAUUUGUGGCACCAAAGUCAACAUUCCUGCCCUAUUCAUGAAAAACUAAAGGAGGAUCACUUUCAGUUAACACCGAGCUCACGUAUGAGAAAUAACUUGGCGGAAGAUGUUCUGGACAAAAAGAUGCUCUUUUUAAUGAAAGUAUGUGUGUAUGACAAAAACUAAUAACGUAAUUUCAUAUUUUGAAUAAUCAAAAUAACCUAUAAUUUGCAUAGCUAUAGGACAAUUAGUGUGAACUGUUUAUUCAAUCAUUACUUCUAUAUAAAUAUGUAUAGGCUUACAAGAAUCAUUUGGAAUGCUCUGAAAACCAAGAACAUGCGUCGCGACUGAAUGGGAGCAUCAUGUUCGUACAGCAUACCAGUUUUAUGGUAGAAUUCUUCUCAAGCAAACAAGCAAUCUACGACUCUAACGACACUAGACUUCAGAGUUUGCUCUCUACGUUGUCGUACUUCUCUAAGUGGAAGGCAAGUGUCUUGAAGAGUGACGAAUUUGUCUCGUUCAAACUAUGGUUUGAUUUACAAGCCAUGAUCUUGGGAAUGAUCUCGUUAGUGAAAAUCAAGCUGUCACAAUUUCCAGGAUCAAUCAUAAAACCAGCUGUUAUCAAUCAGGAUGUAGUUGAGAAUCAUUUUUGCCAAUUGAGGGUGGCAAACGGACAAAACGAGAAUCCUACCUACCUGCUGACUCAGGCAACCCAAAAUUCAAUUGUCUUUGGACAAAGAACCGUCAGCAAGAAAUGCAACACAGGUACAGCUGAAAAUUCAUCUUUCACGGAGUUACCGAAAGAGAAGUUGUUCUCCGCGAAAAACAAAUGUAAAAAUCAGAAGUCUAAAAUACGCCUGACAUUAUAA